AUCUAUGGUUUUGGAUGGUGUGGCAGGAUAACAUACUAUUAGACAUUGUGGCCUAAAAGGCAACUAUCAUUCAUACGGCUAAACCCAUGCAUUUGCUCAUCAAAAAAAUCUAAAUCAACUGACAUCUUUUCCUUAUAAUAAUCCAUCAUUCUGUUAUUUGUUUCCUUGUGUUUGAUUUUCAGGCAUAUUCUUCUCAUCCAGCUCAGCCGAAAGGCAAAGGCAAGUUUCUUGUUCCUCUUCCUUGUCUUCAUCUGAAUCUCUUCUUGUGCUUCUUCUUUCCUGUCUCUAUAAACUUUUGCAUAAGACAAUGUGUUGAGACAUCGACAUAAAAGGGAAUUUUCUCAUAAUGGAAGACUCUGUUUCGGUCAAGAAAACACCAGAUUCAACUAUUAGUCUUCAUGAGACAGACAUGGAUUUGAUGCCAUCUUCUGAGGAAAGGCCAUCCGACAUGGAAACCUCACAUGCUAAUGACAUUUCAGAUUCCAAAUCUUCCACAUCAAUUUCUGUGACAAAUUCCCAUGACUUUGGCGGCAAAAAUAUGAUGCCUGAAGGAUCUGACACUGAGGAUGAUUUCUUCAGCGUCAAAGGAGAAUUCAGCCGAUCAUGCAGCAAUGCUUCGAGCCGGAGAGACAGCUUCGGUAGUGUAUUUCCAUCAUUAAAGGAGGAAGAAGGUGAUUGGAAAGGGGAGAAAGAUCCAUUAGAAGAGAAAAAGAACCAGUGCGAUCAGCUCUUUCAAGAUUCCUUGUGCGAGAGCAACCAAACUGAUCAUAAUAAUAAUCAAAGAAUAAGAUUGUUAGAAUUCCUUGAAGAUGAAUGUUGGAAUGAAGAAAUUGCCAGAAUUACUGCUACUCCUACUCCAAGUAGAGCAGAAGAAGAAAGAUUGAAGUCAAAGGAGCAGCAUUUAUCUUCCAAGAAAGGAUGUUCAAGCAUGGUAUUGGUUAGAGAUGAUAAGAUAGCUAAGCAGUACCAUUCACGUAAAGUUGGAAAUAAACAUUGCUGUUUUCCAAGUUUGGGUCCAAGACGUACCCCAAAGGAUUAACUAAUUGAAUACCCAUUCUACCCCACUUUCCCCUUCUUUUAUUUUGGCAUUGCGUAAUUCCUUUUAUCUUUCUUUCCCCUUCUUUUAUUUCUAUAUGUAUAAUAAACUAUUAUCUUUU